AUGAAUGGUUCAUUAUAUUCAAAUAUUCUUUUACAGAAUAACGUUGAAAACAACAAAGAAAAGUCUAUCAAGGUCAAAGUUCGCAAAAGAACCAAAAUAGCUAAUAAACAGCUCGCUGCACUCGUACAGGCUUAUAAUGAAAACCAUAUGCCAGACAAAAAAAUGAGGAACGCCCUGUCAGAGCUAAUUAACUUACCGCCUCGGGUCGUCGAUGUUUGGUUCCAAAACCAGAGGGCAAUACAAAAGAAAAAGCUGAGGCAAAGCGGAGUUCCGAGUGGGACACUCUAUCGCUUUCGCUCAUACGAGCCAAAAGGGUAUUUAAAUUUGAAGCCCACUCAAGAGGAAGUUGCCAAAUCGCAAGCGCCGACUCCUUUUUUCAGUGAUUUGGAUUUUCUCGAACUGCCAGCAUUCCGAACUACCAACGAAAACUCACUUUUAAACUCUACAUUACCUUUUCCACCAAUGGACUACUUGAAUAUAAGUAAUCUCGGCGACAAUGGCAAUUAUAGGCCAGCUCCUUGGUUUCCUAACGAUUUGGUGGAUCAAGUUCUGGACUUAAACUUGGCUUUAACAGAUUCGAUGUGUUCUUAUGACUUAUUUCAGAAAAAUAAAACUCUUUAA